UAAAUCCAUGAGAUUGGCUAAGGAAGACUAGACUCGAGUUCAAGCUCAAGCUAAUCACACUCGGCUUCUGGAACAUUCUCGAAUUAAAACCACCACAACGAUCCGGCUGAUCCGACCACUCUCCUUGACCAUAUGUACCAAUAACAUAACGGUUUGAACAAAGGUUAAUCAGUCCGGUCCAACCCCAAGGUUCAAGAUUCAGGACAGCUACUAAGAGAAGUUCAAGGCAACUUCAGUUCGGUUCAAACAUAAAUUGUUUCAGCUAAGUUGUCUAGAUGAUAGGGGACCAUGAGCUGAACUAAUAUAAAUUCACACAAGGGAUUAAGAAAUUAAUCCAGAGAGGAAGAUCAACAACUCAGCCAGCUGGUUAUAAUCUAAACUGAUCUGGAUCAAAAGGCAAAACAGUUUACUGGUUCAAAUCAAACAAUGUCUGAACUCAACUGAUACACCUCUUUAAGAUGAAGCCACACCAAACCUGAUCAGUACCACAUCAAGACAAGGUUGGACUCAAUCCGAACAAAGCUGAAUCGUGGUCAAUCCAACAUAAAUGCUCACAUAAAAAUUAUCCACACAAUAACUUACAUCUUUACCGAUUAAAAUCAAAGGCUGAAGAACAUGGGUGAUUCUCAACUUCAGGACACCAAAUAUCCAACUCUUUACCACCCAAAUAUUCACUGAUUAAAGUCACAAGAUGGUGAGAAAGGGUCGUCCAAGCUCACUUCUCUUCCCUGAUUUUUUUCUGAAUUUUUCAACCAAUAUUUCUCACAGAUUUUUCUCUCUUCUUUCUCUCUUUCUCUCUGAAUUUUCAGUCUGGUUUUGGAGCUUAAUGAGCUCUCCCAGGAAGACCAGAGGUUAAUAAAUGAGAGGAUACCAGCAUAAAAAGAGUCAGCAAGAAAGGACAGAAUUAAGAGACAAGUGGUGAGCUGAAUCACACUUUCUCUCCCAUGAAGUAAACUCAUUUCCUUCCCAUGAAGAAACAUCAAGCAGCUGGUGACUUGUACAUGAAUUUUUAAUGAAUCAAGCAGACAUGUAAGCAGGUGCAAGUCACAUGACUGGUCCAGAAAGCAAGCAGGUGAAAAUCAUGUGCAUCGCACAUGACCGGCCAAGCAGCUGAACGGUCUUUUCAGACAGUUUUCGACCAACAUUUCCCGUCCGUCGAAUCUCGUCUUGCUUUCGGAUAAAAUCGUCCAGCUUAAAUAAAAACUAUCCAUUUUAAUUAACACUCGGUCAAAACUAUCAAGGGAAGGUCUAUCGACCACAAGACAGUCCCGUCGAGACAUUAAUCAAUGGGUCGAUUUUUAUUUUUAAUUGUGGUCGAACCAACUCCAAACUGGUCGAGCGAAAUUUUUCUCAACCAAAAUCCUAUUCGUUCGUGAGGGUAUUUACAGCGUUUGUGAUGGUUGUGGUUUUAAGCGUUACUAGAGAUUGAUAUGUACGUUUGUGUGGAUGUUAGUUUUUACUUUUUUAUAAAUUGUUUGAUGACAUUUCUAAACACAUAAGUUAUUUGGAUAUUUCUAGGUUCCUACAAAUCUAUCCGGACCCGGAAGGAUCCAAGUCCAAACCUCAUCCAAAAAUUUAUAAUAUCCGAACAAAGUUUAAUUUUAAACUCAAAUAUCCAACACCAAAAAAAAACGAUCCGGACCCUGAAGAUUUCGAGUCCGAACCCUGUCCAAAAUUUUAUAAUAUUCGAAUAAAAUUUAUUUUAAACCCAAAAAUCCAAUACCUAAAAUUUAAUUUAACCAAGGAAUCACUCUCACGACAAGACCCACUUUGCGUCAACUCCACCACCACCACUGCCAACAAACGUCACUCAAUUCUAGAGAAUAGAAAAGUGAGUUAAUGGCCUUCUUUAGCAAGAGAAUAUCCUUGUCUCUACGAAUUUGAUCAUCCAAGGCUGAAACAGCACUAUUAUGUAAAUAUGCUGAACACUCAAAAGUACAUAAGGUGGAAACCUAGAAGGUUUGAUUUUUGGAGUUCCUACAUUGAACUGCUGUAUGAGUUAAUGGGACCAGAUCAUAUUUUUUUUUCUGUGGUUUACUUUUUUUUACUUUUAUCUUAAGUGCGCUAAACUUUAUUUUCACUGUUAAUUUUUUGGCUUGCAUAGAAUUUGACUGUAUUUCUUUUUAUUUGUGUGGAUUGAUUCUUAAUUUUCAUAUCAUUAAAUUAUGUAAAAUUUACAAUGCAAUCACCAUUUAUCACUAACAUAUUUUUACUUAGCGUUGAUGUUGAUUAAACUGAAAUUUACUAGGUUAAUAUUGCAUUGUUUAUGGGAAUUGUUGUGAUAUAUUUUUGAAAUAUAGAGUUAUUUUGAAUAUUAAAUGUAUGUUAACACCUAUAAAAACUUGUUGCACAAUAAAAGUAUAAUAUGCGUCAGAUCAAACAAACACAAAUAUACAAAUAUGCAUAUAUAUAUAUAUUUAAUAUGUUAUAAGAAUACAAUGGUAAUUUUUUUUAAUUUGAAAGUAGUUACGAAAGACAAUUCCAAAUAUACGUGCAUAUGAAACCACCAUCGGUUACAGGAACAGCAUAUUCUUCAUGGCUUGUUACAUGUUUGUUGCAAAACUUUUUGCAAGCUUCUUCACAAAUAGUCAUAUCUGCUUUUUUGGCUACUUUCAUGCAUUGAUUCGAGAUGCAGUGUUUGAUACAUUUUUCACCAUUGGUUGAAACACAAAUUUGCGCCGAAAACAUCACUGUACAUAUAGCUACAAUCAUGAAAAUAAUGAAUGAUUUUUUACAAGUUUGAGUCGUCAUAAAGUAUAUUAUUAGAACAAAUAUGAAAUUCUAAUAUAGUAUAGUCUGAUUUUGAUCGUGAAAAGAUGAUUUUUUUUUGUAAUAUUGUGUUAGUCUUGGUAAUUUAUAUAGUAAAUUAAUGAUGACUAUUUUUAACAGUUUGUUUUAAAUUUUUAGUUGUUGCUCUGUUUUAACGUAUAUAAACCGAAUAAGUUAUGUGAAACUUAUCUGUACUUUCUUAUGUUAGUUAUCUAUCCAGUUUUUCUUAUAACAAUAUAAAAUAUAUCAUUUAUAACUAUUGUAGUUGUAUUUUAAAUGAUCUCAUAGUAUUUAUUUUAUGUCUAAACUCGCAAAAUUAUGGUUUUAUUUUGAAAUCCUCAAAUGACAAUUUUUUUUAGAAAGUAUAUUGUUUUAAAUUAGAAAAAUAUUUUAAAUUUUUUCCUCUAAUAUAUGAAAAAAAACUUAAUAAUUAAAUCAUGAAGAAAAUGGCUCUGAGUGCAAUUUCUUUGACUAUUUUUUUCAGUUAAUCUUUUCACUUCUUUUGCUUAGUAACAACUGUGUUUACCACGGUUUCUGUUUUUUUCAGGCUACAUCGGGGGUGGUUAUCUGACGGUUCUCCACACAAGCCUCCCAUCUUCGUAGUGGGCGGUUUUGACUACUACAGCGAUCUGGUUUUUCGGUCAGGAAGGAUUUAUAACCCUUUUAUAUACCUGUUUAAAUGUGGAAAAAAAUUUCAAGCUUUCACCUUUGAUAAGAAACAUAAAUGUCUAAGAGUUCAGGUGUUCUGAGGUCAAUACCCCAAUACCCUACCGAUGAGACUACACCUUAAGCUCUUAAAUGAGAUAAUUGGUGGUGAUUUUGGAUAUCUCUUAUGAGUAGUGGGCUUGAAAUGGUUAGGUUUGGGAGAUGAGGUCAUGUACAUGGAAGUACCUUAUAAGAUUGAUACUAAUUGAUGUGGCUUGUCACAUACAGUGGUGAAAGUGAAUAGUUCAAAGGAUAUGCGAGUUCUUGCGUUUUCAAACUUCUUUCACAGGGUUAGUUCUUUGUUUUGCUUGUGGGCAAGCAAAGGCUAAGUUCUUUCGCGAAGUUGAUAUAUAACAUGGUUUUUACAGAGUUUUUAUAUUGUUAAAAUAGAUAAGUUCUAUUUUUAUUUUGUAAUAAAUGAAGUCGGAUUAUUUAGAAAAGACAAUAAAUAAAGUGGUAUAAAUUAGUUAAAAUGAAAGGAAGAAAUUGCAAGAAAUCACUUACAAAUAGGUAAGCAUUAUUUUGUAUUUCAUUUUUAAUAGAAUAGUUUAAACGUUUUGUACGACUGGUAUAUCGGUUAAAAAUUAAGAGUUUGCGGGAUUAUUAUGACUAGUUGAUUACUAAACAAAGCAGCGAUUUAAUAAUAAAAUGAAAAAUAUUAACAUUUUAUAUAAUGAUAUAAAUAUUAAAAAAUAUUAUUAUAAGUAAUGUAAAAAUUCUUUUAUAGAAUUGUAUUAUUAAUUUUUAAAAAUUUAUUUUUGGGUAUAGAUAUAUUAAUAUAAAAAAAUUAUAGCAAAUACUUUUCACUACAAGAAAAUGUGGUAUAUUACGACUACAAUAGUGUCGUUGUAAUUUAACAUUGUCUUUACGUCUACUUUACGACGAUAUAUAAAAUCGUCGUAAUGUAGACAUAAGUUUGCUAUGAUAACGUUUCGUUAUAAAUUAGUCGUAAAGUAACAUCUAUUUAAGAACGACCUAGUCGUAGCUUUGCUACGAAAGCAUUUCGUCGUAAAUUAAUCAUGACGUUACGACUAGUUUACGACAACCUUUCUAUUUCGUCGUAAAGAGGUCGUUAAAUUACGUCUAUUUCACAUCUAAUAGUUUCCAUCUAAUUAACGACCUUUUUACGAGGAAUGCAGUUGUAAAUUAGUAGUAAAGGUUAUGGUGAACAUAAAUUGAUCGUAACAUUCCCACCUACCAAAAUAAAAAAUUUCCUAUAAAUAUGCUCUCCUCUCUCAUUCUUAAGAUGCACAAAAAAAUAAAAAUAAAAGUUAAAAAAUGUCUCGAGAUAUCUAUGAGCUCCGGAGUUAGAUGUAUGCACACAAAGAUUCUGCGAGAAGAGUGACAAGCAAAUUUCUCAACAGAGCAGAGAUAUUCUUGUACCAUGCCGGAAAGACGUCUUUCACGCAGGAAACAUGUAAAAUGUUCUGUCCAUGUCGUAAAUGCAAGAAUACCAAGUUUGCUCAGAGUGAAACAGUUUGGAAACAUAGAGUAAAUAGAAGAUUAACUCCACAACACUACAUUUGGUUUCACCAUGAAGAAGGUGAUAGUAGGAAUGAAGCUAGUAGUAGUAAUCAAUUUAAAAAUAUUUGUAAUAGAGAUGAACCGAGUUAUUUGCAUUCUGAAAUCCCUCAGGAGGAUCAGAUGGUAGAUACUGAUAGGAUGCAUGAUAUGGUAAAUUGUCGUUCUUUUAUUCGCUUGUCUAAACUGAUUUUUUUAAAAGUAAAUGUCACAGGUAAUACACGGCCCAUUGUUAAUAAUGUAUGUUGGGUUAAAAUAUACGACAACCCUUUUGUCUAGAAUAUGUUUUUGUAUUUUUCAAUAUCCAUUAAGAAGCCCAAUUUUCUAAGUUUAUAGGUAGAUUUAAGGAUUUUUACUAAUUAACAUAAUAAAAAUUACCAAUAGCAAAUAAAUUACAUAAAAAUUACUAAGAAUAAAAUUUUGUAAUUUUUAAACUCACAAAAAUAAUUUCUAUGAUAACGUUUUGACUGUUGAAUAUCCAAAAAUAUUAUUAUGCAAAAGGGUUCAGAUAAAACUCGGAUUCCCGAAUCAGAAGAACCAAAUUAAAUUUGGUCCGAAAAAUAGUAUCGAAUCCGAACUAAAACCGGCAAAAAUUCGCAUGGAUUCAAUUUUUUUGUAUCUAAAGAAGUAGAACUGAACCUAAUCCAAACCGUAAUAUUACAGGUAUCCGAAUAUAUUUGAAUCAUAUAUAAAUAUAUAUAUAUAUAUAUAUACAUAAAUAUUUUAAUUAUUUUUAGUUUUAAUAUCCAAAAUAUAUAAAAUAUUUUCAAAUUUUCCAAAAUACUUAAAAAUAUAUACAAAUAGUCAAAAAUAAAUAUCUAAAAUAGAAAAACAAUACUCAAAUCACCAAAAAUACUUAAAAUAUAUAUUGAUUCUCCAUCUAAAUAUUCAAGUCGAACCAAUUUUUAUGUUGAAUUUAGGUAUUUUGAUAUGUUAUUCAAAUUCAUAUGUUAAAUAUUAAUUUUACUUUUAUAUUUUUAGAAAUUCAAGUACAUAUAAAUUUAAAUGUUUAAAUACAAUUUAAAUGGGUUAUCUAAAUCCAAAUCGAACACGAAAAGAUCUGAACUGAACUUGGACCGGAAUAUAUAAAUACAUGAAUAGGGGUGAAUUCUUCAAACUCAAAAACCCAAAAUUCGAAUAGACCCAAACCAAACAAGUAUGGAUACUAACAUCGUAUAAAUACAUUUGAAAAAGAUAAUUAAUCAUUUUGAUUUAUAAAAAUUAAAGUAAACAUCCACGCGGGCGCGCGGAUCAUAAUCUAGUUAAUGGUUAAAUAGCAUUGUAUUAGUAUAAAAAUCCAAUAUAAUUCUCACCAUAUCACUUUAAUUUUUUGGUGUCACACUUUUGAGAAACUAAAAUGUGAAAAUUUUAAUCAAUUUGUUUUUAAAAAAAUUUCUCGAUCUACAUACAAUUUGAAAAGAUAUACCCACAUUUUAAUAUUUAUUUUAAUAUUUUUAUUUUUAAAAAUGUAAUGAAUUUUUUUUUUAAGAUUCCAGAUAAAGUUUCAUUUAUCUUACAACUCAAUUUUCAAUCAUGUUUAUUAUUUGAUUAAUUCCAUUUUAUCGAUUAGUGAGAUAGUAAAUUUGUUGCCUUAUGAAUCUCAACAAAGAAAAUCGUCUUUCUGAUCAAAGAGAAAUAUUUUUAUUCAUGUACAAUAAAGGUGGUAAAUUUUUUGGACAAUACAUAAUAAUAUUAUGUAUCCAUUUUGGAUGAAAAAAUUGGAACAAAUCUUACAAUAAAUAUGAAUCCUAGAUUUGAAACCUGAUAGGAAAUAAUUUAGGAAAAAUUGCCAAAAGAGAAUAAAAAUUCGGUAUGGUUUUCUCUUUGGUAUAAUUACAUCAUUAAGUUGUCCCUUUGGUAUAAUGUUUUUAAUAAUCCCAAAACUAACCCUUGAUUAAUCAAAUUAAUCAAAUUAAUACAUUUUAAAAGUAUUUAAAUAUUAAAAAACGAGUUAAAAAUAAAAUUAAAAAAAUAAUAUAUAUAUAUAUAUAUAUAUAUAUAUAUAAUUGGGAAAAACCUUAGGAUAGCACUAAAAAAAUUUAUGUCACAAAUAUAGAUUCUAAAGAUCAAAAUGACCAAAAUGUUUUAUUAAAGAUAAAUAUACAUUUAUACUCUUAGGGUUAAAUAAUUCAAACCUUAGAGUUUAGAGUUAAGGGGUGGAGAUUUGGGAUUGAGAUUUUAAAUUUUAUAAAAUAAAAUAUUCAAAAUUUGAAAAAAUUUUUUUGAAAAAGUUUGAAUUUGAAAACUUAUAAUCUAAAACUAUAAAAAAAAUAUUUUUUUUAAUUUUUUUAUAUAUAUUUAGGGUAUUAUGGUUCUUUUACCUAUUAAAUGAAACAUUUUGGUCAUUUUCCUCCUUGUGAUCUAUUUUUGUGACCAAAACUUAAAAAUGGUCUAUUUAGGAGAAUUGCUCUAUAUAAUUUUAAGUCACUAUUUUAGAGUAUAUUAAUAAAAAUAAUAUAUUUGACGUUUUUAUAUUAAUAUAAAUUUUCUGAUAUAAACAAUUGAAUUCAAAAUAAUUAUAUUAAUAAAUACAUUACUAAAAAAAUGAAUAUGUUAAUAAAAAUUUAAUUAACAUAAAGAGCAUACAAAAAAAUAAUAUUUUUUUUACAAACUGUACAUUUAAAUUUACAAAUAUUUCCAAAAUAUUGACUAAAAGUUUUUAGUCGAUAUUCAACAAUUUUUAGUGUAUGUUAACUAUUUUAUAAAUUAUUUAAAUAUCUUAAACAUUUUUAAAUAUUUUAAAUUUUUAAUCAUAUUUUGAUAAAUAAUUUUAUACUUUAAUUAGUCAUAAUAAGUAACACUUAUAUACUAAUAUUUUUACGAUACUUAUAUACUUUAAUUCAAUUAUUACUUUUAAUAUAUAAUGUUAAUUAAAAAUAGAAUAUUCUCUUGCAUAGAAUGGAUAAUAACAUUUAUAUAUUCCCCGUGAUAUACACAAUUGAAUUUCAAAUAAUUCUAUAAAUAAAUAUAUUAAUAAAAAUAAAAAAAUUAUACGUAAAUUAUUUUUAGUCAAUAUAUGUUUGUAAAUAUAUCAAAAAAUAUAUGUUUAUAACUUUUAGGCAAGCACAAAGAUUACAAAUAUUUUUUAGAAUAUUUUUGUGACCAAAUAUACACUUUUUAAGAAGUUAGAAUAUUUCAAAUAUUUAUAGAAUAUUUUCUUAACUGAAAUUUUCUAAAUUUUCGCAACAAUCAGGUUUUCUUAUUUGUAGAAGAUACUUUUUACAUAGCGUAGAACGAAAACAAAAAUUCUACAAACAGAUUCUACCUCAUGCAGCCGUCAGAGUAAUGUUUAGAUUUCACGUUCCGAGAGUUGUAGAAUACGUAAUAAAAAUAGAAGAUGCAUUCUACAGAAAAGUAGCUAUCUUUACAAUUAGUAGAAUUCACAUUUCCCAUAUUUAGAAUUUUAAGUAAAAGUAGAUUGUUCGUUUUAAAAAAAGUAGAUGAACUUGUUUAAUUUAGAAUUUACUUUCUACUAACCCAUAUUCCAUAGAAGAUGAAUUCUACUUUUAGUAGAACGUAAUUUUAAAAUUUAAUUUAUCAAGUUUUUCAGUCAAAAAAAAAAGAGUUUGUGUAUAUGAAUGUUUUAUCAAUUGUUUCCAUUUUUUACAAAAUUUUUAAUUCAUAAAACUAUUUAUUUCAUUAACUUUUAGAAUUGGAAAGGGUAAAAGAAAGAAAAAGUGGACAAAAUUUUUUUUAUACCAAAAGGACAACUACGCUGAACUUUUGUUCCGUUUUGGCAAUUUUUCCAAUAAUAAUUUACCACUUGCUUGACCAGACAAAAAUGUGAUAUUACUUGUGAUAAUAUUUUAGACAUGAUAAGAACUAAUUUAUCAUGUGCUUGACCAGACGAAGACGUAGUUGUACUUUAGUUUUUAUGUUACUUUCUCAACCAAACAAAUUUUUAUGUUAAUUUUAGUUUUUGAUGACACUUUAUUCAAAUUUACAUUUGUAUAUUAUUUUUAUUUUUAGCUUUUUAAAAUUGAACAUAUAAUUCAAUUUAAAUUUUCUUACAUAAUUUAAAUGGAUACUUGAAUCCGAAGAAAAGCAACAAUGAUCCGAACCAAUUUAAAGUUUAUAAUCUGAACGAAAUUCAAUCUCCAAAAUUCAAAACUUGAAUAGAUCAAAUCCGAACUGAACAUAAAAGUCAUGAAGGAAUACCCGAAACACCUACCCCUUAGUAAAAUAUAAUCAGUCCGCAGCAUAUCAAUUAAGCCAAAAUUCGAUAAAUUGAAAUGUUGAGUCAAUUUAAUAGUUGUAAUAAAGAGAAAGUUAGAUUCAGAAUAUAUCCUAUAUUAAAUAGGAAAUAUACUAUUCCACUUAAAGCAACAAAAAAAAUUCAGCCCUCACUACCGUAAUCAUAUUACAAUUAAGAGUCAUAUUACAAUUUCAUUCUCAUCCUCUCAUUAUUCUUUCUUCCCUUCAAUUUUUUUUUUCACAAAUACGAUAAAACUUAAAUAAACAUGCCUGGUUUGUUCAUCUUCAUAGCUUUGCUUCUGAGUUCUUGUACUGGAUUGUCGACAGCAACUGAUCAAACUUGUGGUAACAAAGUGGUAAACACAAUCUUCGUUGACCUAGCCGGUUCAGGAAAACACAGAACCGUUCAAUCUGCCAUUGAUUCUGUUCCUGAACCCAAUUCUCAAUGGAUCAAAAUCAAAAUAAAAGGAGGUGUCUACGUAGAGAAAGUGGAAAUACCGUUGACGAAACCGUGCAUAAUAGUAGAAGGAGAGGGACAAAGAGUCACGACCAUCACGUACAAUGCUCACGCAGCCACUGAUGUCAGCUCCACUUUCACCUCCCACCCAUCCCAUGUUGUCGUCAGAAACUUAACAAUCAUGAAUUCGUAUAAUCGUUUGAGUAUUCGAAGUAGACCGAGUUGGGAUAUAAAGCCAGCGGUAGCGCUUACGGUUUAUGGCGAUAAAUCAGCGUUCUACAACUGCGGUUUCUUGGGGUUACAAGAUACGUUGUGGGAUGUUCAAGGCAGACAUCUCUUCAAAAACUGUUACAUCGAAGGUGCUAUUGAUUUCAUUUUUGGUAGUGGCCAAUCUAUCUACGAGGACUGUCAUAUAAAUGCAACGGCGGGCGUAUUGGCACCAAUAGUUAACUUUGGGUACAUAACGGCUCAAGCAAGAUGGAGUCUCAAGGACCCGAGUGGGUUCGUGUUCUUACGUGGAAGUGUUACAGGGACCAUGAAUGUAUACCUUGGACGAGCCUAUGGUCCAUUCAGCCGAGUCAUUUUCUUCCAAACAGAUCUCGCUUCUGUCGUUGUCCCUCAGGGCUGGUUCCCUUGGAACUACGCUGGCCACGAAUCAAGGUUCACGUACGCAGAAGUUGAGUGUAAAGGAGCAGGAUCGCAUUUAUCUAGAAGAGUUCCUUGGAUUAACAAAGAUGUUUCUACGCUCGCUAAGGACCAAUUUGCUACCUACUCUUUCAUUGACCAAGAUGGAUGGCUCUCUAAUAUUCCUCCUUUCUAAUGAAACUUGCUUUAAUUUGUUGUUACCAAAUUAUUUUCUACUCUUGUUGGAUAGAAUAUUAUUGUGUUUAAUCUUCUUUAUACAGUGUUAUUUUUGUGGACAUACUACCAUUUAUCUCUAAAGCA